UCGGAGGAGCAUCAUGUGAUUUCAUUAUCAGCUGCGGUCGCAAGUCAUUCUCUACCAGCUAGCCACACAGACCAUACAGGAUCCUUUCAUAUUUCUACGCGUUAUAUUCACAUUUUUGAUUCGUGGAACUACAUUCAAAGAGAGAAAGCAGAGUAGUAUGCAAGACUCCAGAGCAUCUUGAAAAGGAAACUCCUUCAUCUGUCUGGAAUCCCCCUGCAAAGGACCAAAACUCACGAUGAGGGUGCAGUGUGUGAAUGUGUGUGUGCUGGUGCUGCUGGCGGUGUGCUCAGCACUAAUCUGUCCUGAUGGAGGCAUGUGUGAAGAUGGAGACACCUGCUGCCAGACCACAUCAGGAAACUACGGCUGCUGCCCGCUGCCCAAUGCGGAGUGCUGCUCGGAUCAUCUCCACUGCUGUUUCCAAGGGACACGGUGUGAUCUGGCCCACUCCAAGUGUGUCAACAAGACUGUCUCCCUGCCUCUGAUCAAGAGGAGACCGGCCAGACCACCCACACCAACUCUGCUGUGGGAAGACGUGGGGGCGGUGGUCUGCCCUGACAAGGAGUCGGAGUGUCCAGAGGGCACCACCUGCUGCCAACUCCCCAAGGGUACCUGGGGAUGCUGCCCCAUGGCAAACGCAGUCUGUUGUGAGGACAAAAUGCACUGCUGCCCUGAGAAAACUAAGUGUGAUCUAGAACAUUCCAAAUGUGUGUCAGCCACACUGGGUUCCACUGCGAUGUGGAGGAAGUUCCGAGCCCGCAAGAGACAGCACUCACCAGAAGGGAGCUUGAGGUCCAUCACCUGUCCAGGUGCAAAGAGUGCCUGUCCUGACCGCACUACCUGCUGCCUGAUGAAGUCUGGAGGCUAUGGCUGCUGCCCUUAUCCCAGUGCUGUGUGUUGCAGCGACCAGCUCCACUGUUGCCCCAACAACACCACCUGUGACCUGGAACACAAGAUGUGCGCGUCCUCACACACACAGAAACACACGCCUCUGGCCCCAAAACUACCUGCCCUGCUCCUAAACAGGCGUCCUGCCAAAGAAGUGAUCUGCCCUGAUAAACUCACCACCUAUCUGUGUGUAGUGAUCUGCCCUGAUAAACUCACCACCUGUCCUGAUGGGACCACCUGCUGUGCCCUAAACACUCGCAGCUAUGGCUGCUGCCCCAUGCCAAAGGCGGUGUGUUGCUCUGAUCAAAUGCACUGCUGUCCAGAAGGCACGAGCUGUGACCUCAAAAACAGCACCUGUGUGUCAGCCAACGGAUGCGUUUCCUGGUCAACGAAAAUCCCCGCCCUAAACCAGCCACAGACCAGAGCUGCUGCAGUACCCUGCAAUGACACUGUGGCGUGUCCUGAUGGGAGUACCUGCUGUAAAACUGCAUCAGGGGCCUGGGCCUGCUGCCCCCUGGAGGAGGCGGUGUGCUGUCCGGAUCACCUCCACUGUUGUCCUCACGCCACAGUGUGCAACCUGAGGGCCAGCACCUGUGAUGACCCCGCCGACCCCCUGAACUCUGUCCCCUGGGCGGAGAAGACGCCCGCUCUGCCACUGGAGAGGCAGUCGUCCAAUGAGAAGUGCGACGAGUCUACGUCCUGCCCGGGAAAAUACACCUGCUGCAAGACGGGCGCUGGGGGAUGGGGCUGCUGCCCACUACCUGAGGCCGUGUGCUGUGAGGACAUGCAGCACUGCUGCCCCCACGGCUCCACCUGUAACCUGGCAGCCAGCACCUGUGACAGCGCCAACGGGCCCGUGCCCCUGGUCAGGAAAGUGCCCGCCCUGAGCGCCAGCCCGCGCACGGGUGCCGGAGCCAAUGCUGAUGAUGAUGCCGCUGCCACGCUCCAGGCACCGGUUCCAUCUCACGGGCUCAUGUGUGACGGCCACACCAGUUGCCCCGACGACAACACCUGCUGUUACAUGCACAACGCUGGCAAGUGGGGCUGCUGCCCGCUCCGUCAGGCGGUGUGCUGCAGCACAGGUGAUCACUGCUGCCCCCGUGGUUUCACCUGUGACGAGAAGCACACGUCGUGCACCAAAGGUCGCCUUGAGAUCCCCUGGUACAGGAAGCAGGAGGCCCGGGCCACACAGGUGUCGGACCGGUCAGAGGUCACGGAGGAUGUGACGGACGUGAAGUGUGACAAUGAGAGCACCUGUGCGUCGGGCUCCACGUGCUGUAAACUACCUACUGGAGAGUGGGGCUGCUGUCCUCUAGUCAAGGCCGUGUGCUGUGCCGACCAGGAGCACUGUUGUCCACAGGGCUACACCUGUAAGCUAGAGUCCGGUACCUGUGUGAAGCCUUUGGACCGGGCCGCACCGGUGCCCCUCUCGCCGCUGUCCGAGUCUCUGCAGCCGUCCCAAGACGUGCAGUGUGACGCUGCGACCCGCUGCAACACGGACCAGACCUGCUGCAGGACCUCCCCCAACAGCUGGGCCUGCUGCCCCUACAAGAGGGCGGUGUGUUGUCCUGACAUGAUGAACUGUUGCCCCAUGGGAUAUACCUGCGAUCCUGAGAUCCAGGGCUGCACCAAGGGAUCACACCUCACCUGGUGGGACAGUGUGUUUACGGAAGGAUCUAGACACUGAGUAGUUGCACUACAACAAACAAACACACACACGCACAUGCACACACACACACAGAGUAGUCUACAAAAAGAAAAAAAACAGUCUGUGAGAAAUCCAACACUGGUGAACCACAUGUACACACAAACGCGUACACACAAACGCACGCACACACACACACACACACACACACACUUGUCACACCAUCUUGCUGAACUGACACACCCCCCAGUCCUGUUCUAUUUGGUCUGGACCCCUGGAACCGAAGGGACCCGCCUCUCUUAAUUCCUCUCCUAGUUUUUACAAAGUCAACCAUUUUUACUCAAGCACUGAAACCCGAGAACGAGGGGGGGGGGGGGUUGGGGUUUAAGUUAGUUAUCUAGUGCUGUGUCAGAUUCCUGAGAAUUCAGGAUGGCUUGUUUGCUGUAGUCGUAGAAUUUAGAGAUGGACGCCAGGGGAGACAUGAAUGCAUUUAGAGAUGGACGCCAGGGGAGACAUGAAUGCAUUUAGAGAUGGACGCCAGGGGAGACAUGAAUAGAUUUAGAGAUGGAUGUACCCCAGGUCCUGUUGCUCUGAGGGAAGGGAGAGGAUGUGGGGUGUUGGUGUGGUAACCUGGUUACCCGGUUAGCACCUUAUUCCGGGAUUGAUCAGGGUUCAAAUCUGGCCCUGAACCGGCCCAGACCCACACCAGACCCACACCAGACCCACACCAGACCCACACCAGACCCACACCAGCCCCGGCCUAGACCCACACCAGCCCCGGCCUAGACCGAAUCGUAAGAAAAGAUAAGAACAUUGAUUCGAAUCAUGAGUAGAUUCCACAUUUUCAAAAAGUUUUGGAAAUAGUUUUUUUGUUUUGUUUUUACCUCUAUGACUGUCCAUGACUUGGGAACCUGUAACCCCUCUGGCCCAUGACUCUGAUGGUCCUGAUGACUGCAGCUGAGUAGCACUGACCGCUAACCCGCGCUAACCCUCUCCAGCUUCAUGUCUGAAUGAGGGACACAGCCUCCUGGAUCCCUGUGAUGCGCGUGUGUGUUCUCCAUCACCCCCCAUGACUUCCUGUGAUGCACAUGUGUGUUCUCCAUCAGCCCCCAUUACUUCCUGUGAUGCACAUGUGUGUUCUCCAUCACCCCCCAUGACUUCCUGUUCUGCUCCUCAUGAUUAACCCGCUAUACCCUCAUCCCUAGUAUGGCUGUCUCCCAAUUAGAUGCUUUGACUUUUAGUGUUACUGAUGAAUCCAACCGCGGUUUUAAUUCUGCUUUUAAUAAUGUUUUAAUUCAUGUAUUUCACAUAGGCUUCUCUUCUCUUUACCUGGCGACGUGCCUUAUCGUCUUAACCUAGAUAUUCAGGUUCUCGCCCUAUCCAGAUAUCAGAUCAACCCUGAUGGUGGUUCGGCCUAGAUCAGGACUGGAUAAGGGCCGCAUACGUCUCCAAGUUAGCUGCUACCUGUUUAUCCACACAGUUUAGAGGGCCGUACACUCCCAGGAAGAGGGAAGCAUGAUCCUCAUGGUGGGGUUGUCAUGCACUCAUGAACCAAGUGAAUCUAGUUAGGGUGGCUCAAGAGUCCAGACCACCUGUGUUUGUUCGAAAAGCAAAAGUAAAACACAAAAACAUCUUGGAUGUGUCUGUGUGUGUCUGUGUGUGUGUGUCUUUUACAUUUUAACCUGUGUCAUCACGGUCAGAAGGACGUUUUUUGGAAGGCAAAAAGUAACAGCCUCCUGUUGGACAAUGAAGAAUUUGGUAUAAAGAGCUGACUAUACUCCGGAUUUAUUUUGUUUUUACUUUGAGUAAUUUGUUUUUAUUAUUAUUUUGUCUGAAAUGGAUGGGGUGUAAUUUGUUCAUAAUGAUCGUACAUAAAGCGAAGAAUUAAGAACAAAAAUAAAAAAAUGGAGAAAA